AUGUUGACAGUACGACCACCCUUUGUAAAAUACAUUAGCCUUGACCAUAGGUCUGACUACAUUUUCUCUUUUAAAUAUUUAUGAAAUCCAUUACAAUGCGAGUUUAAUUUUAAUUAUUUGAGUCGAAUUGAUACGUACAGUUGAAUUUUUAAUCUAUGGUAUAGUUUCUUAGUGUAAUUAAGACAGGAACUUUAUAUCGAAAAAAUGGUACAGGUAGAAGUAUAUACUGUAAAAAAUAAAAAACUUGGAGAUAUUUCUAUAACGAGGAGCACAAAAGUAAAUGAGAUUAAAGAAGAAAUUGCAAAAAUCUCAAAACUUUCUGUAGACCGACAGUCCGUAAGAUCAGAUAUAAAAGGAAAAGAUAUAAAGAAUGAGGAUUCAAUUCCAGAUAUUGAGACUACAAGAAAAAUAUUUGUUAAAGAUUUAGGACCUCAAAUUGGGUGGAACACAGUAUUUUUGCUGGAAUAUGCAGGACCUCUUGUUCUUUAUGCCGUAGUUGCUUGUAGACCUUGGAUUCUUUAUGGAGAGCUUGCUUACAAUCCAACAUUUACUACUACAGCAAAGAUUGCUUUAGCAUGUUGGUCAAUUCAUUAUUUAAAGAGAGUUCUAGAAACAUUGUUUGUUCAUCGAUUUUCACAUGGAACAAUGCCUAUCAGAAAUCUUUUCAAAAACUGUGGUUAUUAUUGGGGUUUCUGUAUCUAUGUUGCUUACCAUGUAAACCACCCUUUAUUUACACCACCACCAAUUAUUUUACAGGCAAUUGGACUAGGUUUGUUUGCUUUAUGUGAAGGUGGAAAUUUAGCUACUCAUGUACUACUCAGGAAUCUCAGACCUGCUGGUAGUACUGUAAGAAAAAUUCCUAAACCCGACAGUUGUCCUCUUAACUUGUUAUUUAAUUACGUGUCAUGUCCAAACUACACAUACGAAGUUGGUUCCUGGAUUGGUUUUACAAUUCUGACUUCUUGCCUGCCUGCUGCCAUAUUUACUUUUGCCGGAUUUUAUCAGAUGGCAGUAUGGGCUUUAGGAAAGCAUAGAAAUUAUAAGAAAGAAUUUUCAGACUACCCCAAACAAAGAAAAGCAAUAAUUCCUUUCAUUUUAUAAGAGGUGUUUAGGGAUAUGGACUACAACCAAUGGUGAUUUAUGGUUUCGAAUCCCGUGUGCUGACAGAUAGAAAGCAAAAAACGUGUGAAAUGAAGAUAUUGAGAAAAAUUGAGUAGUAAAAAGAUUAGACAAAAUAAGAAACAACAUAAUUGAGAUGGUUAGGUUAGGUUUAACCAUUAAGGUUAUAUGGGAAACUAAAAUGAACAAAAAGAAGAAGCAGAUCCAAAAGGAAAUGGAAUUUAUAAAUAGCAAACAACCUAGAAAAAAGACAACUGGACACCUGCUAAACAGGAAGCAAAGGACAAAACCAAAUAGAGAAAAAUUACUUCUAUACUUAUGAUGGAAGAGAUUGUGGUUGAGUAAUUGAAAAAUCAAUGUUAUUUAUCAGUGGUUGAAAUAUAAUUAAAUAAAAAAGUGAAUAUGUACCAUUCUCCGAUAUGGAAUACCCUCGGAGCACGGGCUACCAUAGCAUGAAGUUUAUGCUUCAAACAGUUCUGGGAAACAUGUUGUAAUGACCAAUCCCAAUUGUAAUCAUCAUAUUUACAAAAAGAAGAAGCACAUUCGACAAUAUUCAUCCAAGUAGACCUGUUGAAAGCCAUACCCAUGUUAUGUUUACUACUUAUCCAAGGAGAUAUUUCAACCUAAAACACACAGAAGUGAUUUUAUAAAGGGGUUGAGGUUGAAUUAAAUUUUUACCUUUUUUGAAUCUGCAUAAUAGUUGUAGGUCUUCAAGUAUGUUCCCAAAGACAAAAUGUUACAGUGCUUACAAGAUUCUUUAUAUGUUCUUUCCAUCAAUCUAAGCAUAUGUAUGAAAUCUUCAGCAACAUAAUGGUCUUCUUCUAACAAAACUACUAAACCUGUAUGGUUUCUGGUAACUUCGAGUUGAUUAAACACAAUAUUAGCUUUCCACCACCAAUGAUGUUUGGUCUGUGUAAAUUUGGCUUCUCGAUAGUGGCCAUAAACAUCUGGAUAGAGAGCGUUGUUGCAUUUUUUCUGCAAAGCU